CGCACCCCCCGGGCCUCGGGCCGCGGCAUUCCCGCAGCCCGGCGCUGCCGGCCGCCGUCAUGCCCGCCGCCGGCUCCGGUGUUCCGUGCCUGCCGCCGCCGCUUCAAGUUGGCCGGUGAAGCCCUUCCUCGACACCCAGGAACACUUUCCCCCACCACCAGCAGCAUGGAGAGUGUGCGUGAACUCCAAAACCCACUUCUGGCCAAGACCAAUGGGCACCUUCACAGCAGCUAUUCUUACCACCAGCAUCACAGCCAGGACUACCCCAGCCACCACUGCCAAGGGAAACUGUAUUCCUACAUCUUCCAAAACACUGGCGGUGCCAGGACUCACCAGCUGCUGGAUGCCAGUUCCCUGCAGCUGGCUGUUGAAGCUUUGUAUGGCCCCAAUUUCAUCCUUGUGAAGGAUGAGACUGCUCUCAAGGCCAAGGACAGCAAGAUGGAAAGCUGUGAGACCACUUUUACAGAAAGCAAAGAGGCUCCAUCUGCAGGUGUGGGAGGGCACGAGGCACAAGAGUCCUGCCUGGUAGAGAGCGAUAUCCGCAUCCAAACUGUCUCCUAUGAGGUGGAGGAAGAGGAGCUCCAGGAAUAUGAGAGCGACUCUUCAAGCGACAGCGAAAGUGAGGAUCAUUUCCUGAUGCUUCCCCCCCGGGACCACCUGGGUUUGGCCCUUUUCUCCAUGCUGUGCUGCUUCUGGCCCCUGGGGAUUGCUGCCUUCUACUUCUCCCAAGGGACCAGCAAGGCUGUCUCCAAAGGAGAUUUCCACCUGGCCAGUUCAGCUUCCCGCCGAGCUCUCUUUCUUGCUGCGCUCUCCAUCACCAUCGGCACAGGAGUGUACAUCGGGGUGUUGGUAGCACUCAUCGCUUACCUUUCCAAAGGUGGUCACGUAUAGAUGCCACCCCCAAGCCAGCACCAUCCCUGGCUGCCAGCCCUUCUACUAUCCAGAUCUCCUGUAGAGCAGAGGGUACUAGUGCCUGCAAGGCUGCUGGCACUGUGGGACCUCAGUGUGGAUGCUCUGGGCAGGCUCUUUCCCCUUUCAGACAAUCAGUAGACUCCCUUUAUCCCUGAGGCUGUGGGGUGCCACCAUCCAGCAGCAGGGAGUUGUGAACCAGCCUGACUGCCAGGACCAGGAGGAACACAUUUGUUUGGUAGAAGACAUGCAGGAGAGAUACUGCGUGCUGCUGCUGGCUGUUGCCACCACCCCUGCUUUGGGGCCAUGGCUUCCCCUGCCACCCCACAGCCAGGAAAUCCAACACUGGUGUCCUAGCUUGGCCCAUGAAGGGGACACACAGGGAGGAGAAGGGGUAUGGUGCUGGAGAAUGACCAGUCUUUCUUCUGGAAAUCUGAGGUCCUGGUGGGAUCUCCAGAUUCCCAUGAUGGAGACAACAUUCUAAUUUCAGUGCCAUGGGGUGUCACUUGUCCCCUCAGCUGCAGCAAAGGAGGAGGAUGCAGCAUGGACCUAACCAAAGGGCAUGCUCUCUGCAUCCCUCUGCUGACAGACCCCUGGUCCAGGGGACACCCCAGGUGCUGCCUGUCCCAGGCAAGGAACAAGGAGGAGGCAGGCUAGUGGUUACACACCAUCACUCCCAUCUUUGGAGCAAGAUGGCAGAGAUGUCAAGGUUUUCUCUGCAUUAUUAAUGACUGUUAUGAUAAUUGCAAUUUGGAGGCCCCAUACAGUUGGGAUCCCAAUGCACUGGGCUCUGAAAAAGCUUGCAAUGGCAAUUUCUACUCAAGAAGUGACCCGGGAGGGGGUGGGGUUGGGGGCUGAAGGAUUUCACUCUUGGCACUAGGUCAGGGCCUCUCACACAAAGAUGGAAAGAAAAGGCUGACAUGAAAUGCAGAGCCCCAGAUGGGAGUUUGUGAGGGGACCUGAUCCAGAGCAGACUUGGGAGAGUCUGAGACACAGGGGUGAGCCCAACACACACAAUUCCCCAUGCAUCUGAGAGGGGUUUCUCCAUCCAUCAAAGACUCUGCUGACAAGGAAAUCCCAUGCAUCCCAUUUUACCUCUUACUUUUGCAAAUUUGUAUGAUGUUGGUGACACAUCAAGUGUUUCAGAGGUGGGUGUGAAGUCAAUGACUGCCCUGAAAGGUGGUGUGGAAAGGCCCUGCCUCAUACCCCUCCCAAACUCCCAAAUCCCACUUUGGUCCUCCCUCACCCUAGUGAUGGCUCCCCUGCUGCUUCCUUCCCCCAUGUGCAGGGGGCUGCAGGCAGACUCUGGGCACUCAUUGCUGCCUUCCCAGGGUUUCUGGGUAGGCUGAAGCCGACUCUGCAAGAAGCACAGCAUGCUCCUCCAGCUGGAUGCCAUUCAAAUGUACAUUUUAUCCUAAAGAAGCAUGUUAAUGUCUGCAAUUGCUGUUGUACUUGAGCCAUAAAAGAGAGAAGCACAUCAGAGACCUGUUCAGAACCUGGUCUGAAAGUUCCCAUUACAUUUUAUAACAUGGAAGAGCUAAUUUAAGGAAAAAAAAAAAAAAAAAAAAAAAAAAGAAUAGCAGGAAC